CCACCACUCAAGCACUCGGGACAGGCUCUUAUCAUCUCGGGGACCAGCAUGGUAGGGUGGCGGUAGCAGCAGGGUUGGAAAACCAGAAGAGGAAGAACACGUCACGGAAAGCUUGAAGCGUGGGUCAGACGAGGAAUGGCGGGGUUGUUGUUGUGGAGCAGUAGGCCUGGGACCGGGACAGAUCGGGACGGGUUUAAAGUGAAUCUGUGCACCAUCGGUCGGUGUCAGUUGUUUGCGAGAGAUCGAACUAUAAACGCGCGCGCGUCCCGGUUACACCCUAAACACGUUGAACAGAAAUUCGGGCAGUCGGAAAUCAUUUGAGAACGAACCAGCCGAACGAGUUGUAUCGGAGAACAUUAUAUCAAGUUCAAGUGCAGUAGAAUCCGAGCGAUCGUGUUUCACCGAGUUGUACGAAAGUGUCCUAAACUAUCCACCCUACAAGGAAGUAGUGGCGCAACCUUCAGCAGCAAAAUGAAUCGUGCACUAUUCGGAAGCUUGGUAGCCAUCUCGGCCACGGACAGUAGCCGUGGUGUGAGCAGCCUUGCCGGAGCCGGAGAACCGCUCGAGCCGGUCGUCGUUGCCUCUAGGCGCAACAGUUUGCCACCGGCUCCCCCAAUCUUUAAGCCGAUCGUUCCAUCGAAGGUGAACGGUUUGGCAAGUAGGAACGGAGCACAGCAGCUUCAUCAACACACCCAGAACGGCAACGGCAUGACGAACGAUCGACCCACCGAGCUGUCGAAACGAACGACCGAAGCACGGGAAGCUCUUAAAAAGGCACAGAUCGUUUGUUUCGAUGUGGAUUCGACCAUCAUCACGGAGGAGGGAAUCGAUGAGUUGGCGCAGUUCUGCGGCAAGGGCAGUGAGGUGGCUGCACUCACGAAGGAAGCGAUGGGCGGUAGUAUGACGUUCCAGGAGGCGCUGAAACGUCGCCUAGACAUUAUCAAACCCUCGCAGCGACAGAUCCGCGAGUUUCUCAAGACGCACCCUUCGACCAUAUCGGCCGGUGUGAAGGAACUGAUCGAGCAGCUGCGCAAGAACAAUGCCGAGGUGUUCCUUAUCAGCGGUGGGUUCGACUGUUUGAUCGAACCCGUUGCUGAUGCGCUGGAGAUUCCACUUUGCAAUCUGUACGCGAACCGGUUGUUCUUCAACUACAAUGGAAGUUAUGCUGGAUUCGAUACGGCUCAGCCUACGUCGCGAUCUGGCGGCAAGGGUGAGGCCAUCAAGAUGAUUCGCAGCGUGAUGGCAGGAGGUGUUGGCUCGGGGUCGGACAGGGUGGUUGCAAUGAUUGGCGACGGCAUGACCGAUUUGGAGGCUUGUCCGCCAGCGAACAUGUUCAUUGGCUACGGUGGUAAUGCCGUUCGGGAAGAGGUACAGAAACGGGCCACGUACUACGUGACCAACUUUGCCGAUCUGCUUUGGUGAUCGAACCCUGCAAAUCUUCUACUUCCUCCUGGCGGAUUAAUUCCCAUCACGAUUCAUUCUUAUUUUUCACACUAGCUUUAAGUACAUGCUUUCCCGCUUUCUCUACUACACUUUUCGCUGUAAAUAGUUAAUGUUGCUAAUGUUAAGAAUUCUCUAUAAAUUAUAUGCACUAUUGUGCCGCUAAUACCGAGUAGCGCGUUUUAAAGUAGGUAGUAUUUGUUUGUUUGAUAUCAAGCACCAUAAUAAAUUUGUAUUAGGUAUUUUCAAUUAA